AUGUCAGCCAGGCAGGACCAGAACGUUCUUCUGGACACCAAAAGCUCGAUACUGAUCGAGAAGAUACUAGAAUUCCUAUACACAGGAAGCUAUAUCCUCGAAGACAAUACGACCAAAGUGAAUAGUUCUCAAAGCGAUAGCGAUAAAGAACUAGAAUCGAAUAAUGUCAUAGACUCCCAAACAGAUGAGAAUGCGAUGGAGGAUAUCCCAGAUGAAAUAUACGACAUUAAUGAAACUGCACUGCUAUCCUCAGACGGUACCACAGCAGACUCCAUGCACGAACCGCCAAAGAAUGAAACCAGACCUCUCACUGGAGAAGCGUCCACCACAGAUAUCAUCGAACUGGAGCCCAUCGUCGAUCCACUGACCGACUGCCAUCCAUGCUACUUCCAUUUACGAAUGUACGCAGAAGCAGAUUACUUCAUGAUCGAAGAUUUGAAGACCAGAGCAGAAGAGAACUUCUGUGCUUCAUUUAUAGAUUGCGCUGAGACAGAAUUCCUUGCGCAAGUCAUAACGGAACUUUAUUCAACAAGAGCCAACUAUUUGGAUCUAAGGGUGCUAGCAAUGAAGUUGAUAGUCGACAACUUACGAGUUCUUCAGGAAAAGUCAGCCCCGACAAUCAAUUCUAGCCUCUUGAAAGCGAAUCCGGAUUUUGCUGUCGAUCUAUGUAUGGCGACAAUGAAGAAGUACCUGAGUGAGUCUAGCGGCACCAAUCAACCCGUAUUCACUGCAAAGUAUAAGUAUGAGUACAAGCCAUUUCAAUACGGGCAGUGGAAGACAUGA